AUGUACGAUAUCGGCAUGUCGCUCAACAACGUUUCUGCAUUCAUCUCAACACAAAGAGGAACAAGGGCUGUCGUUCCUAACGGAGCUGAGGGCAAAGUUGUUGUCAGCACAGGACUGCAUGCUGGGCAGGACAUGUUCCGACUUGUUGGACCACCAGGUUUCUCUCCAAAGAUGAUACAACACCUCCUUCUCAGGUCCAACAAACAGAUCUGCGAGAAAGUUGACUUGAUCCUUAACAACAUCUACAAGCGAGGGAACGGAUACGUGGCCAUGUUUAUGUGUAUUGUUGCUGCUGCUGCUGCUGCUUCUGCUGCUGCUGCUGCAUUUGACGCGCGUUACUGCCUCAUGUCCCCCGGAUACGUUCUCAAGUCGCUCCUCACGGCCAUCAUGGAAGACUGCGAUCUGGAGACAGUCUGCUCUCCCAAGUAUGCGCGAGUGUGCGAGCAGGCCAUGAAGGCAGGGACAGAGGAGGUGGAGAAGGAGAGAGAACAAGUACAUGCGGCUAUCAAGCACAUCCUCGUGUCCAGGAGGUUGGUUCUGUUCGUGGCUCACGACCUCGCGCGGAUCGUUGAAGCAACCUCGGAAGUUGACAACCCGAACGACCCGAUUCUCUUUCCUGUGGAUUCGAUUCUUUACGACAUGUGCCGGUAA